UUUUUUUUUUUCUUUUUAGUGUGGAGUGCACAUGAGCGGCCGUUGCCUAUUGAAAUGCGGGGUCGAAAUGUUGGUUCGAUUUUGUUUGGGUCGUUUGCCAUGCUGCGAGGAGAAGAAACUAGUCAGGAUUUCCCUUGGCAACAAGACGAAGGAGGCAGCAGCAGCAGCAGCAGCAAAGUUGAUGGGUGUACGUUCGUGGGUGACGUUGCUGGGCAAGAAAUCGUGCUUCAAUCAUUGGCUGCCGCUACAACACCAUUUCCUGGUGUUUCUCUUCCCUCUGCACAGGUCUAGCAUUGACGUGCAUGUGCGUCCCGUGUCGCGCCACCGCAACACAGACGUGUAGAGAGAAUCAGCAAGUGUAGUAAACAUCCGUGUACCGUUCGAAGACGAGCCGAUUCUAUUUCGAAGGUGAUGUGCCAGUUUUGUCACAGGAGACGUCAGAGACGGGUCGAAUCGCUUCACCCAGCCAAUUAGCCAUUGCCCAGACGAAUUCAAUCGGCCGUGAUGAUCAAGUAUGAUUUCUUUGAACCACUUCAGCUCGUUUAACUCGCGUGGACGUGUUUUUGUGUCUGCGUAGUGAGUGCAUCAGCGUCCACCAAUUGGCCGACGACGACAAUGAAUUGAAAUCUGAAGUUGAAACAAAUUCUGUUCUCGGCUGAACGAGGAUCACGUGGCCAUCGCCUUUAUCCGCCGGACUCUCUAGUCCAUAGGGCGCGAAUCCGGUUCAUCCGCACACUACGUCCAGCAGAAUCACAAGACACAAAAAAAGAGGGGGACACUGGAAAAAGAAAUGGCUGACCAACGACGAAAAUUCUUGUUGCAAUCGCUGGUGUUGCACGUCUUGCUGAUGGCCGUUUGCUGGCCACAACAAGUGGCCGGUGGAUCAGCUCACGCGGCCCACAUGAAGAACGGCGACGGAGGCAAAUGGGCGGCACACGCUCACCGGCAUCACCAUCGCGUCGACGACCCGAUGGCAUCCAACAACAACAACAACAACAACAACAACAACAACAAUCAAGAUUACGUGCAAGACAUGGCGUCGGCCAGUGACGAUAAUCUCAUCGACUACGAAACGGACGACAACGCGGAGACGGGCAGCAACGACGUCAACGUGUCCGACGCUUCGCCUUUGAUGGGCGUGUUGCCCGAGCCGGGCACUUACAUGGCGUCCAACUGCACGUCGUGCAUCCAGCGCGAAGAAUUGCGUCGUCGCAAUUUGGAAGUGAUCAAGGACCAGAUUCUCAGCAAGUUGGGGAUGCAACGAGCGCCGAAUAUGACGGGCCGUUUGCCUCCGCGCAUUCCGCCGCUCGAUCAUUUGCUCGACCUUUACGGCAUGCAAGGCGAUGCUCCGCCCGGACGGCAUCCAGCCGGCGUCCAUCAUCACGCUCAUCAUCAGCACCAGCAAAGCGACCAGGCCUUUCAAACGGGACCCGUUUACGACGAAGAAGAUGACGAUUUUCACGCCCGAACCGAAAAGGUCAUCGCCUUCUCGCAACUCUUGCCGCAGGUGAGACAGGCGCUGAAACGGACCGAAUCGACCACCACCAAAGGCAUGGAAUCGAUUUAUUUCAAAUUCUCCGACAAAGUGACUCGAAGCAGCAAAGUCGAUAAAGCCCAUCUUUGGCUCUACAUUCAAAAUCAGCAGCCACCGUCGUCCGGCAAUCACGGCCAUCAGCGCCACCACCACCACCACCACCACCAACAGGCGCAAGUCAUCAGCAAAUCGGCCAGCGCCAACGCCAGCACAGUUUGGAUUCACAUUUACAAAGUGGUGCGAGUGCCCGAAGGCGAGUCGCCCGUCUUGAAUCCGGUGCGGAUGACCCGCGUCGCCUUGCCCCCGCUCUUGGAGUUGGUAGACAAGGUGCCGGCCAGCGCCGGCAAACAGCAGAGUCAGGCGCAAAGUGGCGGUUGGGUUUCGUUCGAAGUGCGCAAAGUCGUGGCCGACUGGUUCCGAUGGCCCGAAGACAAUCUCGGACUGGUCGUUCACGCCGUCAGUGGCGACCAACACGCACCGCCGCCGCCCACCUUCAACGCCAACGGAGCAGCUGCAGCACCGGCGGCCGCCACGACGCCGACGGCCGCCUCGUCGGCCAGCAGCGGCGCGAGUAAAUCGCUUCCGUUUAUCGUCAACGAUCACGUCAGCGCCGACGGGGCACUGAUGCCUUUCGUUGAAGUGGUGACGACGGACGGACGCAAACAUCGGACGAAACGGACGAUCGGUUUGAAUUGCGACGAAACGUCGUCCGAGACGCGCUGCUGCCGCUACCCGCUGACGGUGGAUUUCGUCGAAUUCGGAUGGGAUUGGAUCAUCGCGCCCAAGAAAUACGAGGCCAAUUAUUGCUCGGGCGAAUGUCCCUACGUCUUUUUGCAGAAAUAUCCGCACACGCACAUCGUGCAACAAGCCAACCCGGCCGGCACGGCUGGACCUUGUUGCGCCCCGCGCAAAAUGUCGCCCAUUUCAAUGCUCUACUUUGACAACGAAUUUAAUAUUAUCCACGGCAAUUUGCCCGGCAUGGUCGUCGAUCGAUGCGGAUGUUCUUAAAUUUCUUCCUUUUUUUUUUUUUUUUUUUUUAAUUAAUUAUUAUUCAUUUUUUUUUUUUUGUUGAGCGUUGUCUUCUUCUUACGUGUGUACAUAGCAACCGAACCUGUUUCUUUUGGACGGUCGGUAGACCCGUUAAACUUUCUUUUUUCUUUUUUUUUUUCCUUUUUUAUAGUAAAAAGAAAAAAAAAGUAAAAAAAAAAAAUAAUAAUUAAAAUAUAUAUAAUUUUGUCGCCAAAGUCGUCGACACCUGCCUCCUCCCAAAAAAAAAUAAAAAAAAAAAAAAAAACUAAUUUCUAUUUUGGGGGUUCGUCUUUGAAACUGGUUCUGCUUUCUGUUCUGUCGUUGGACAAAUGGACACACAUCAGUUGAUGGAUACCGACAUGUUUGGGAUUGGAAACGAAGAAGAAGGAAAGAGAAACCAGUUGCGACACGAGGAUGAAGAGGCCCGGCCAGCAAAACGGUUUUUCUCUCAACGCCAAUAAGGCGCGUCGACAUCGUUCACGUUCAAGACACGAAGAAGACGAACGCUGACAACGAAAGAAACAAAGGCUGAUAACCUUUUCUGCUUUUGUGUAUGCCCAAUUGUUGGCCAGCAGCUUCAGGCAAGGACGUCUGCCUCGUCGUUUGUCCUUUCGUCUUGCUGCGCUUCUCUUUCGCCGGGCUGCAGCCCAACAUCCAGUCGCCGCCCGUCACCUGCGAGACCAAUUUUGCUUACAUAACUGUGUGCGAGUCGCUUCACUAAUGUCGCAUUUUUUUAUAAAAUCAUUUUCAUGUUCUCUCCUUCAACGAAAAAAAAAAAAAAAAAGCAGCGACUUGCUCUUGGCCUAGAAAUAGUCGAGCCGCACAAUUCUCGUUUGUUUUUUUAUGUUGUUGUACGUUUCCCCAAAUUCAUUUGCGUCUGCUGUUCGUUUCCGGGUUGCCAUAAUGCGGAUGUGAUAACAAGACUGUGACAUGUUCAUCUAUGAUGUAACUGAAAAAACAAAAAAAAACAAAACAAAAAAACUAAACAAAAAGCUAAAAACUAAAAGGUUAAAAGGAGUUUGAGAAGGCACAAGAACAGGAAAGAGAAAACCAAGUUUGUAUCGUGCGUGUGUGCAUCGUCAACUGGGCGUCUCCAUCGAAUGACGUCAUCACCGCUUCUUAUCGUCGGCAGCCUUGCGAAAGAGAUGACCAACACAAUCCAUUUGUCGUCAUAGAAAAAAGACGCGCCUUGUUUGAACUGCAUUGUGAUACCCAGUUAUUGAUUGAUACGUAAUUUGUCAGCAUAUGAUCAUCCCAAUGUUUUAUUGUUUCUCUCGUUUCCUCUUCGCAUCAACGUUCACCGUUAUUAUAAAUAGAUAAUUUUGUUUGUUUUUUUUUCCGUGAAAUUGUAACACACAUUUCCCGUGUUUUGAUCGACACUUUCAAAUGACCCAAAAACAAUUUUUUUUCUUUUUUGUUUGAAAUAUCGGUGCACUCACGUUUUUGUUCGUUGUUUGUUUCGCCUUAGACGCGCGACUCAAUUUCGAUGACGCGCACGUCCAUGAAACGUGUCAAUGAGCUACUUGUCUGCUUCGUUCUGUCUAUGUGUGCCAAUGCCAUUGAAAUUGCCAAUUUUUUGUUGCCGACUGACGAGCAAAAAAAUGAAAGUAGAUUGCAGAAAA